CCUCACCACGCCUAGGUGAGACGCAAACGGAGAGCCAAUCCUCAGCCUGAAGCCGGGAUCGUGCUGAGACUUGGAGUCCCUUUCCUUUUCCUCUUUCGGUACGUGACCCGGAUGUCUCUGCCGGCCGUAGCGUCUUGUGCGGCGCCGGCGCAGAGCAAGAAAGAGGCGGGAACACCGCGAAGCCAAAACAUUGGGCAGAACUGAGAGGCAAACUUCAGCGGAGGUGUUGGUGAUUCUGGGCAGGUGAUGGCGCCCCCCGCGGCCUAGAGCUCUGUCCAGCACCCGCGGUGAACUACUGACAGUCCUUCCGUUGUGUCCCACCGACGGUCCUGGGACCAGAGAAUAUGUUGGUGCGGCUAGCCAAGCUGUCCUGCCCGGCAUAUCAGUGCUUUCAUGCCUUAAAAAUUAAGAAAAAUCAUCUACCUCUGUGUCAUACAAGAUGGUCUUCAACUUCUGUUGUACCUCGAAUUACUACCCACUAUACUAUUUUUCCCCGGGAUAAAGACAAGCGAUGGGAAGGAGUGAACAUGGAGAGGUUUGCAGAAGAAGCAGAUGUAGUUAUAGUUGGUGCAGGCCCUGCAGGACUCUCUACAGCUAUUCGUCUAAAGCAGUUGGCUACUAAACAUGAAAAGGACAUCCGUGUGUGUCUAGUAGAGAAAGCUGCUCAAAUAGGAGCGCAUACUCUCUCAGGGGCUUGCCUUGAUCCACGUGCUUUUGAAGAAUUAUUCCCAGACUGGAAGGAGAAGGGAGCUCCACUUAACACUCCUGUAACAGAAGACAGAUUUGGAAUUUUAACAGAGAAAUACAGAAUUCCUGUGCCAAUUCUUCCAGGUCUUCCAAUGAAUAAUCAUGGCAAUUACAUUGUACGCUUGGGACAUUUAGUGAGCUGGAUGGGAGAACAAGCAGAAGCCCUCGGUGUUGAAGUAUACCCUGGCUAUGCUGCUGCUGAGGUUCUUUUUCAUGAAGACAACAGUGUCAAAGGAAUUGCCACUAAUGAUGUAGGGAUACAAAAGGAUGGUGCACCCAAGACAACAUUUGAGAGAGGACUAGAACUACAUGCAAAAGUCACAGUUUUUGCAGAGGGUUGCCACGGACAUCUAGCCAAGCAACUAUAUAAGAAGUUUGAUUUGAGAGCCAAUUGUGAACCCCAAACCUAUGGAAUUGGACUGAAGGAGUUAUGGAUUAUUGAUGAAAAGAAGUGGAAACCAGGGAGAGUGGAUCACACUGUUGGCUGGCCCUUGGACAGACAUACUUAUGGAGGCUCCUUCCUCUACCAUUUAAAUGAAGGUGAACCCCUGGUAGCCCUUGGUUUUGUGGUUGGUCUAGACUACCAGAAUCCAUAUUUGAGUCCAUUUAGAGAGUUCCAAAGGUGGAAACACCAUCCCAGCAUUCAGCCAACAUUGGAGGGUGGAAAAAGGAUUGCAUAUGGAGCCAGAGCCCUGAAUGAAGGUGGCUUUCAGUCUAUACCAAAACUCACCUUUCCUGGUGGCUUACUAAUUGGUUGUAGUCCUGGUUUCAUGAAUGUUCCCAAGAUCAAAGGUACCCAUACAGCAAUGAAAAGUGGAAUUUUGGCAGCAGAAUCUAUUUUUAAUCAACUAACUAAUGAAAGUCUCCAAUCGAAGACAAUAGGACUUCAUGUAACUGAGUAUGAAGACAAUAUAAAGAAAUCAUGGGUGUGGAAAGAGCUAUAUACGGUUAGAAAUAUAAGACCAUCCUGCCAUGGAGUACUGGGUGUAUAUGGUGGGAUGAUUUACACUGGAGUCUUUUACUGGAUAUUUAGAGGAAUGGAGCCGUGGACACUAAAACAUAAAGGUUCAGACUCUGAUCAGCUCAAGCCAGCCAAGGACUGCACACCUAUCGAGUAUCCAAAACCCGAUGGACAGAUCAGUUUUGACCUUUUGUCAUCUGUGGCUCUGAGUGGUACUAAUCAUGAACAUGACCAGCCAGCACAUUUAACCUUAAAGGACGACAGUGUUCCUGUAAAUAGAAAUCUGUCAAUAUAUGAUGGACCAGAGCAGCGAUUCUGCCCUGCAGGAGUUUACGAAUUUGUACCUUUGGAACAAGGUGAUGGAUUUCGGUUACAGAUAAAUGCUCAGAACUGCGUGCACUGUAAAACAUGUGAUAUUAAAGACCCAAGUCAAAAUAUUAACUGGGUGGUACCCGAAGGUGGUGGAGGACCUGCUUACAAUGGAAUGUAAACUGCAAGUGAUUGCAUUUGCAGUCAUGUUUGAUAGUUUCUUUAAAAUGUAUGACAAGCUAACUUUAAAGUUUAGAAGUCAACAGCUGUCAAAAUAUUUUACUGCGUAUUACUGAUCAGAAUGUUCAUAAAAUCACCAGUGAAAUAAAAAUUUUAUACUUAUACCUAAAA